AUGGUUGCUAGAAAGAUUGGAGGGGAUUUAUACAUUUGGCUUGUUUACAGUUUUGAUUUGGUUCCUAGAUUGCCUUACAAUGAUUCCACCUUCAUGUUCAAGCAUUUCGGCACUUGCGUUUACUAUAAUAGCUUCUACCAAGGAAAAAUUGUGGCUGAAGAGCCAGACAAGAAUUAUUUCUCUCUUAGAUGGCUUAUACCGAAGAUCAUAAAUGCCCUCUGGGAGCUAAUAAGAAGCUUUAUUAUUCCAUAUAUAGGAGGAGCAGACUACGAAGAAGGUGGUUUUCUUCGAUUACUUAGGGUGAUCGGCUUGUUAACUGCAAGAUUACCAGCUCAUUGUCCCCAAGAUUAUGUUAAUGCUACUAGGUUGGGACCAUUGGAUGUUUAUCUUAAUUAA